AUGCUGCCGUACCUGUUCCCUGAGCUGUCCACCUUUGCUACAGUCGCCGAUCUUAUCACCCACCUUCGCACUAGUGAUGCCCGCCUGCGUGCCGCCCUUCCCACUGAGUUCUGCGCUAAGAAUCCCCCUCCACUGUACUGGACACUCCACUUCAUAGUCACCCGUCUCCCUGACACCCUCAGCUCAGUUCGAGACCACUUCCUUGCUCGCUGUCCCACUGAGCUCACAGUCGCCCUCCUAGAGGAGCACCUGCUAGCGGCCGAAAAGAGCAUUGUAGCUGUCGGUGCUGCUCGUGGCGCUCCUCGCACCCCCAUCUUUGAGGGGUGUUCUCCCUCUCCCCUCGCUCCCUCCUACGCUACUGCUGCUGCUGUUGACUUCCUUGGUGCUGAGUCUGCUGGCGCUGCUUCUGCUCCUGGUGGGAGGCGCCGCACCGGCAAGGGCAAGGGGGGCAAGGGUGGCGGGGGUGGCGCUGGGGGGGGAGGAGGUGGGGGAGGUGGGGGGGGAGGCGGUGCUGGAGGGAGCGGUGGCGGGAGCGCUGGUGGGAGUGGGGUCGGCGGUGGAGGCGGGGGCGGCGGAGGGAGCGGUGGCGGUGGUGGCGGCGGCGGCGGUGGCGGCGGCGGCGGCGGCGGCAGUGGCGGUGGCGGCGGUGGCGGUCGGAGCGGUGGUAGUGGUGGCGGCGGAGGUCGGAGUGGAGGCACUGGCUCGGGCCAGAGCUCCCAGCAGCAGCAGCGUCCCCAGACGACCCAGCAGCUUCGUGAGUGGCUUGCUCAGCGUGGGACGUCGGGGGGCAGUGGCCGCUGUUCCUAUGUCAUUCGCACAGGUGACCGCAAGGGGCAGACGUGUGGGAGGUUCCACACCCAGUACCGCUGCUUCUCCCGCCUUGACGACGCUUGGCGUGAGGAGAUGGGCGAGGAUGUUGAGCGCCCCCGCUGGGCUGAGCUGAUGAGGGCUGGUGUUGAUAUCUUUGCUCUUGACUAUGAUGCUAUUAUUGCUGCCAUAUAUGCAUUGACUGUUAGUGCCGAGGGAGACUGUUACUUGUGUGUGCCGCCUGACCCAGGUAUAGAGCCCGCUGCCCUGGCCACUAGUGAGUCUGCUCUCUCUGGUAUGGUGCCCCCUGUACUUGCUCCCUCCAGUGCUGUCCCCGCUGUUUGCGAGUCUGCUCUCUCAGGUACAGCACCCACAGAGACUGCUCUCUCAGGUACCGCACCGGCUGAGGCCUGUCACACCUUCACCCUUGACUCAGGUGCUUCCCGCUGUUUCUUUCGUGACAGUACUGAGCUCACACCGCUUCCUGCACCGGUCCCAGUCUCCUUGGCUGACCCCUCUGGGGGCCCAGUCCUUGCCCAGUCCACCACUGUCCUCCCUUGUCCGGCGGUUCCGUCUGGCUCGUUGUCGGGUUUCCACCUCCCCUCGUUCUCGACGAACCUGGUGAGCAACGCUGUCAUCCAGGAUCAGUGGGUUGACACCUUUACCCCUGGAGGACAGCGUGUGGCGAUCUGCACGUGCUCCAGGACCGGCCGUCACCUGGCUACGUUCACCCGUCGACCAGGGUCGAGUCUCUACACACUGACCACUGCGUCUCCUCAGGUCGCUGCUGUCGGUCAGGUGUCCGCGUCAGGUCUGGUGGCCCACGCCUGUGAGUGUCGUUCCCUGUCGCACCAGACUCUUCUCUGGCACCACCGCCUGGGUCACCCCUCCUUGCCACGCCUCCAUGGCAUGCACCGUCGCCACCUUGUGUCUGGUCUUCCCAGGUCCCUCCCUCCCCUCCCUGCCUCGCCUGCGCCGCCUUGCCUUCCUUGCGUCGAGGGGCGGCAGCGCGCCGCUCCUCACUCCUCCUCGUUCCCCCCGACAGAGGCUCCUCUGCAGACCCUCCACCUGGACGUGUGGGGCCCAGCCCGCGUUCGUGGCCAGGGCGGUGAGCGGUACUUUUUGCUGGUUGUUGACGACUACUCGCAUUACACCACGGUCUUCCCCUUGCGCACCAAGGGUGAGGUCCCUGCUGUUCUGAUCCCUUGGAUCCGCACAGUUCGUCUCCAGCUCCGCCGCCGUUUCCGGACGGAUCUUCCUUUCCUGCGUCUGCACUCUGACAGAGGUGGUGAGUUUUCCUCCGAUCUCUUGAGGACCUUCUGUCAGGCGGAGGGCAUCGAGCAGACCUUCACGCUUCCGGACUCCCCACAGCAGAAUGGGGUUGCUGAGCGCCGCAUUGGCCUGGUCAUGGAGGUCGCUCGUACCUCCUUGGUUCACGCGGCGGCUCCCCAUUUUCUGUGGCCGUUUGCUGUCCGGUACGCCGCGCAUCAGCUCAACCUCUGGCCCCGUGUCUCCUUGCCGGAGACCUCGCCCACACUGCGUUGGACGGGGGAGGUUGGCGAUGCGUCGCGCUUCCGGGUGUGGGGUGCUCGUGCCCUUGUCCGCGAUACGUCCGCGGACAAGCUCUCCUCCCGCACACUUCCCUGUGUCUUCCUGGGCUUUGUCCCUGACGCGCCGGGCUGGCAGUUUUACCACCCCACCUCGCGCCGGGUCUUCGCCUCUCAGGACGUCACCUUUGACGAGUCGGUCCCUUUUUACCGUCUCUUCCCCUACCGCACUGCCCCCCUCCCUCCCCCGCCGCUUUUCCUUGCUCCUGGUCCCCCUCCGGUAGACCCCCUUCCCCCUCAGGGUCCUGCUCCUUCAGGUGUUUCUCAGGUCGACCCUCCUCCCGUCGCUGAGCCUGUCGAGGUCACAGGUGACUCAGGUGCUGCUGCAGGUGGUGCUGCUGGGAGUGCUGAGCCUGGGGGUGCUGAGCCUGCGGGUGCUGGGCCUGGGAGUGCUGGGACUGCGGGUGCUGGAGCUGAGGGUACUGUGCCUGAGAGUUCGGCGCCUGGGGGUGCUGAGCCUGGGGGUGCUGCGACUGGGGGUGCUGAGCCUGCGUGUGCGGAGUCUGGGGGUGCUGAGUCUGGGGGUGCUGCGCCUGCGGGUACUGAGCCUGGGGGUGCUGCUACUGAGCCUACGGAGCCUCGGGUUGCUGUGUCUGGGGGUGCUCCGGUUCGGGGUGCUGAGCAGUCUCUCACGCCGCAGCAGCUUCGUGACUGGUACGUCCGGCGCUUUCGCCGUCCUAGUGGCUCGGCUGGAGUUGGGGGUGCUGGAGCUGCUCGUCCUGGGGGUGCUCGUACUGGGGGUACUGGAGCUGCCGGGACUGGUCGUUCUGGGAGCACUACGACUGGAGCUGCUGGAGCUGGGGACUCUGGAGCUGGCGGUACUAGUGGAGUUGGAGCUGCCGACUCUGGGGGUGCUCUUCCUAGCGGUGCUGCGGACCCUGGGGGUGGUGCUGCUGCUGGUGCUGCGGACCCACCUGGUGGGCCUGCUGCUGGAGCUGAGGACCCGAGCGGUGGCGCUGCUGCUGGUGCUGGGGACCCGGACGUUGGAGCUCCUGCUGGUACUGAGGACCCGGCCGCUGGAGUCUCUUCUGCUUCUGGAGCCGCUGCGCGGCCGCGGCCGUACUUCGUACCGCUCCUUCAGCAGGUUCUUGGGCAGGCUCCUCCUCCUUGUCCUCCUCCCUCCGUAGGGUGUCUCCCGCCUGUCCAGCCACAGUCACAGUUACCGCCUACCUCACCUCUCCCUGCUCCCUCUCCUUACACUGGUCCCAUAGGAGGUCUUACAGAGCGUCGUGAGCCUGAGUCUCGUCCUGCGUCGCCUGUUCGCACUGCUCGCACUGGUCGUCGUGUCCGUCGUGAGCGUCCUCCUCCUGUCCCAGGCACUCACUACAUGACUCUGCGUCCCUCUACUGCUCCUCAGCGUGUCCCUCUACCGUCUCCUCCUGCGUCCUCUUUGCCUGACGUUCCGGACCCUGAGUCUGACCGGUAUCGUGCUGAGCACCCUACUGUCACGCGUCUCCUAGCUACUGUUUUCACUGACCCUACCUUUGAGUCCUCGGCUGCGUCUGCUCUAGUCGCUGAGUUGGUUGACUUUGCUGCUGCCUGUCGUCUAGACUACGCUGCUAGCCUUGUUGCUGAGCCUGCGUCUGCGUCUGUCUGUCCUCCGUCCGUCGGGGGUGAGUGUGCUCUUGGCACGGACGUCCUUGAGGACAGGCAGGAGGACUUUGACUCUCUUGCGGCUGCUGUACCUCAUCUCGUGGCCUGGUUGCUUGCCCCUGAGGGAGACCCGGAUGCACUAGACAUCCCCACUCCGCGCACUUACGCAGAGGCGAUCUCGGGUCCCUACUCCUCUCAGUGGCAGACAGCCAUGGACGCAGAGAUGGCAUCCUGGAAGUCCACAGGCACCUACGUCGACGAGGUUCCCCCUCCUGGGGCGAACAUCGUCGAUGGCAUGUGGAUUUUCAGGGUGAAGCGGCCGCCAGGUUCUCCGCUUGUCUUCAAGGCUCGUUACGUUGCUAGAGGCUUCAGUCAGCGUCAGGGGGUCGACUUCUUCCAGACCUUCUCCCCCACCCCGAAGAUGACCACUCUUCGGGUUCUGCUGCACGUUGCUGCUCAGCGUGACUACGAGCUUCACUCUCUUGACUUCAGCACAGCGUUCCUGCAGGGCAGCCUGCACGAGGAGAUCUGGCUGCGCCGCCCACCUGGCUUUACUGGGUCGUUUCCUCCUGGUACCCAGUGGAGCCUCCGCCGGCCAGUCUACGGUCUCCGCCAGGCGCCACGUGAGUGGCACGACACACUGAGGACUACACUUGCGGCUCUUGGGUUCGCGCCGUCUACUGCUGACCCGUCGCUGUUUCUGCGCACAGACACGUCGCUGCCGCCGUUCUACAUUCUCGUGUACGUCGACGACUUGGUCUUUGCUACUGCUGACACUGAGGCACUCGCUCGUGUGAAGUCGGAGCUGCAGAAGAGACACACCUGCACUGACCUGGGUGAACUGCGUAGCUACCUUGGCUUGCAGAUCACCCGGGACAGAGCUCGCCGCACCAUCACCCUGACUCAGUCACACAUGGUGCAGCAGGUCCUUCAGCGCUUCGGCUUCCAUUUCUCCUCACCACAGGCCACACCUCUGGCUACCAGCCACUCGCUCUCAGCUCCACCUUCGGACGAGUCCGUAGAGCCGAGUGGCCCGUACCCAGAGCUUGUAGGCUGCCUCAUGUACCUGAUGACUUGCACGCGACCUGACCUCGCGUACCCUCUUAGCAUCCUUGCUCGUUACGUUGCACCUGGGAGACACAGGCGAGAGCACUGGGAGGCUGCUAAGAGGGUGCUGCGUUACUUGUGCAGUACAUCAGGCAUGGGGCUGGUGCUUGGAGGACACGACAGAGUUGUCCUCACUGGUCACUCGGACGCUUCUUGGGUGGACGACCUGGCUACGCAGCGGUCGUCACAGGGUUACACCUUCAGCCUUGGCUCUGGUUCUGUCUCGUGGCGGUCCACCCGCUCUUCCUCUGUUCUCGGCUCUAGUUGUGAGGCUGAGAUCUACGCCACAGCCAUGGCUGCACAGGAGUUACGCUGGCUCACCUACCUGCUGACUGACUUGGGAGAGCGGCCUAGUUCUCCUCCAGUUCUGUACGGUGACAACAAGGCGGCUCUUGCCUUGUGUCAGGAGCACAGAGUGGAGCACAGGACAAAGCACAUUGCUCUUCGCUACUUUCUUGCUCGAGAGCUUCAGCAGCGCGGUCAGCUUCGGCUUGUGUACGUGGACUCGAAGGCCAACACUGCUGAUAUCUUCACCAAGGCGCUCCCGCCUAGUGAUCAUCAGCGGCACUGUACUUCUUUAGGCCUUGUGUCCACGUUUCCUCACUUGCUCACUGCUUGA